UAGAAGAAGCCUGUUGAGGGACAUGCUUUUGGAAAAAAAUGAAGAAAGUCUUCUACAGUACAUAAAGGGUUUAAAUGUGCUUAAUUGUUGCUCUCUUAUCGCAUUGGCAUGGGAAGAUGUAAAUGCGACAAAUGUUUCUCGAGCUUGGAGGAAGUUGAUACCUUCUUGUGACAUUGAUAUUGAAGCUAGUAAUGUUUCUGUCGAUGAUAUUCUACAAAUUUUGUACAGACUUCCUGGUUACCAGGACAUUAAUAUCCAAAAUGUUCUUUCUUGGCUUGAGGUAGAUAGUGAUGAGACUGGUUGGAGUUUAGAAAGUAUUCAUCAGAUUUUACAACGUUAUUCUUCUGGAGUUGAAUCUUCAAAUAAGGAUAAUGGCGAAGAACAAAUGACUGAAGAUUUAGAAUCUGAGGAAGAUAUGGAAGAUAUUGAUCCAAUUUCAGAUUCCGGAAAUAUUGUUACGGAAGCAGAUGAAGCUCUAAAAUGUUUAAAUACUUUUCAAGAAUGGUAUCAAAGGCAGUGGAACUGUGAUUCCAAAAGUUUAAUAUUCCUUCAAAGAUUGAAGAAUGAGACUAAGGAUGUUGUGGCUCAUGUGAGAAAUUUAUUUUUAGACGACAAUACAAAAUAAUAUUAUGUAUAUGGAGAAUGUUGCA